AAAUUCUCAAAAACAACAAUAACAAUGGCUGAAUACAAGUUUGUCGUCUUAGGUUCAGGAGGUGUCGGUAAAUCUGCCCUUACCAUCCAAUUCAUUCAAGGAAACUUUGUUGAAAAGUACGAUCCUACCAUUGAAGAUUCAUACAGAAAGCAAAUUGAAGUCGAUGGAAAGGCUUGUAUGUUGGAUAUUUUGGAUACUGCCGGACAAGAAGAAUAUUCUGCUAUGAGAGAUCAAUAUAUGAGAACUGGACAAGCCUUCAUUCUUGUCUACUCCAUCACCGAUCCUUCAUCAUUCGAAGACUUGUUGACCAUUCAUGAACAAUUGUUGCGUUCAAAGGAUGCCGAUGAAGUUCCAAUUGUUUUGGUUGGUAACAAGUGCGAUUUGGAGGAGGAACGUGCCGUUUCAAAGGACGAAGGAAAGUCAAUGGCUGAAAAGUUUGGUGACCACUGUAAAUUCUUAGAAGCCUCUGCUAAGGAAUCUAUCAAUGUUGAAGAAAUUUUCAUGAGUUUGGUCAGAUUGGUCGACAAGUUUGAAAAUGGUGGCGGUGAUGAUGAAGGUGAAGAAGAAGCUGAAACAAAGAAGGACACUAAGAAGGAUACCAAGAAGAAGAAGAAGAAGAUUACUCUCCCAAAGAAUUGUAUGCUCUUGUAAAUUACUCUUCUUUUGAAUCCUUUUGUAAUUGUAGUACUAUUUAAAUAAAUCAUCAUAAUCCAUUCAUUCAAAA